CAGCGAAUUAUAGCGGGACUGCGGCGGGCAUUCUGGCACUGGGGGGAACUGACUUGGUGUCACUGACAUCCCCAGUGACACUGAUACAGUGAUCAGUACUAAAAAAAAGCACUCACACUACUAAUGACACUGGGCAGGAAGAGGUUAACAUGAGGGGCGAUAAAAGGGUUAACUGUGUGCUGGGAGUGUUUUACUGGGGGCGGUGUGUUUGGUGCUUCACUGUAAGCACACUGCCAUCCAGAGCAGUAUGCCCGAGCCGACAGGAAGGAGGACUUUUAGUAAACAAAGCAGCCCUCCUCCCCAUCGGAGAUCCUUGGUAAUCACUGGGCGCCAGUGGGUAAUCAC